AUGGUGAACGCUAUCAUAAGACAAACUGUACGAGAAGAAUUGAGGCGCUCCAAUUCUAUUGAAUCAGAAACAGAGUCUUCUGUUAGCCAACAUAAUAGUGGCCAGAAUGAGGAAGGGUCGGUCUCUGCGGGAUCGACAACGAAUACAUUUUCAUCGCGAACGUUCAACCGACUAUCUGGUCUUCUGAACCGAAUUCGGCAUGGCUGUAGUGGCGAAAGUAGUUCAAACAAGAAGCGGAAAAUUGAAAAGCAGCAUAGGGUACGAGUAAGAUGGAUGCAUUAUGACCAAAUUAAAAAAAAGUUUGUUACUGCUUGUCAAAAGAAUGGCGGUGGCAAUCGCUUUAUAGCAUAUACUGAUGCAGACCCACUGAAGAUGGAAGAGAUUGUGGAGAGGGCGUGUGCGUUGUUUUUCCCGGGUGGAAAGAAAAAUUUUGCUGGUCAUAUAGACGAAAUGAACAAAUGGAUCUGUGACACAACGGGGGUGGCAAUUUUCGAUUUUCCUGGCAAAGGAACUGUGGAAGACUACCUGAAGAGUAAUGGAUUGUAUCCUUCCUCCACUUACUUUUACCUACGCACCCAACCACGACAUCUUAUGGGUGAUGAAUUUGAAGACAGCAAUUACGUUGAGGCGACGAACACAGACAACACGUCACCCACAAAAGUAAGUUCUGUCACGGUGUGCAAUGUAUGUAGCUGUUCUUUUGAGAAAGGACAAAACUGUCUCCGUUGUGAGCAGGACCUCGAGUACCAGCAAAGUGUCAUGGCUGAUUCAGUUGACACUGAACAACCUGAAGAGUUUCAGCCCGAAAGCAUUCCUGCAAAUGAUCAAAGUCAAGAGAAUCAUGAUCAAAGGCUUGUUUUACCAAGUAAGGACGAAGUGUCCCCUAGCGCUAUCGAUGGGUCUUGUGGAGUGCUUGAAGAGGGAGGUUUUGUCCAAUCACCUACCGUUGGUAUGCCAAGAGAAUCAGCCGAAUGCAUAGUUUCAAAAAAUAGGGAAAUUGCAGGGCAGGUGCUUUCACUGACAGUUCGUCAUUCGUGUAUUUGUAAAGAUAUGAUUAAGCAUUUUAAAGGUGAGAAAAUGUUGCAAUCUGAGUUAGUGUUUACGAUUACCAAUGAGAGGGGGCAAAAUGAAGAGGGUGUGGGUAUUGGAGUUUCAAGAGAAGUUUUCUCUUUAUUCUGGAAGGAGUUUGCAAAUGGCAUGACAAUAGGGGAAAGAGAAAGAGUGCCCUUUGUGAGGCAUGAUCAUUUCAUUAAGGAGUGGGGAGCUAUUGGUCGAAUUUUAGUGAAGGGGUUUAGAUCGGUUUCCUGCUUCCCUUUGUUCUUAUCAAAGGCUUUCAUGUGCCACUGCCUGUUUGAUGCAGAAGUUCCUGAAGGCAUUCUUCUUGAGUCUUUCAUGAAAUAUUUGUCUCCUGUCGAAGAAGAUCUGGUUACAAAUUUUCUUGGAAAAGCUGACUUUGCAGACGAAAAUGAUUUGUUUGAUUUCCCAGAGAGAUUCAAUUGUAGGUCACAGGUCAGUCCAGAGAAUAUAAAGAAAGUGAUUGUACAGAUUGCCAAUCAAGAACUGAUACAGAAGCCUCGUGUCAUGGUUGCCACCUGGCAGCCUAUUGUCCAAGAGCUGAAACAGUAUCCAGAGUUUCAGACCAUUGCAGGUAUUCAAGGAUUUUAUGAUAAAAUUAAUCCAACAAACAAAAAAUUCCUUAAUUCACUUGAAGCACAGCCAAACACUGAAGCAGAACGAGAUGCACUAAAAUUUCUGCAAAGAUACAUACGAGGAUUGGACAAUGCAAAACUAAUCCAGUUCUUAAGAUUGACAACAGCUUCUGAUGUCGUAAUUACCAUCAACAUUUAA